GCGCGCGAGACGUAAUGAAUGACGGCGAUAGAAACAAGCAAAGGUGCCGAAUGGUGUGUUAUAAUAUAGGACGGCUGCUUUGGGUAGACGUUACCCGGUGAUGGCGGCAGCUGGGGCCACGACUCCCCCCGCCCACUGGAGCCGUUUCGAGCAGGAGCAAGACCUGACCGUGCGAGAGCUGAUCCGGCGGAUCACCGGCCUGAGCGAGCGGAGCGACGGGGAGCUCCCGGGUCAGUUCCAGGCGGCUUUGAACUUCGCCUGGUCCAACUUCAGAUUUCAUCAGUUUCUCGACGUCAGCAGUCACAAAGUAGAGAAGACAGUAGAUGGAAUUUAUGAAAAGCUGAUUGUUCAUUCAGACCUCAUUAAAGCUGCAAGCUGGAAGAGAUUAGUAGAAGAAUUCCUGAAUUCACCUCUUCUCACUACUGAAGGAACAAAGACAGUUACCCAUUAUGCCAUGCUCUCCCUUCUGUUGUGCCUAUCGGAGUCCCCCUCCAAUACCAGCUAUGCUGAAAAACCUAGAGAGAAAGAAGUGGAAAAAGAAGAAUUUGAUUGGGGAAAAUACUUGAUGGAAGGUGAAGAACUUGACUAUGUUCCUGAUAUUGAAACACCGGAGUGGUCUGACAUAAGUGAUGAUGAUACUGAGCCUUUGAGCAGGGAAGACUCUGGCAUUCAAGUGGACAGGACACCACAAGAAGAUCAAAACAAAAAGGCAGUGUCUCAUGUCACUUGGAAAGGGGAACCUGAUGCACGCACCUGGCUGGAGCAGCAUGUAGUUCCUCAGUACUGGACUGGCAGAGUGACUCGGUUUCCCCAUAGUCUUCAUUUUCAUUCCAAUUUAGCAGCUGUAUGGGAGCAGCACUUAUAUAACAGUGAUCCUCUGUAUGUGCCGGAAGAGAGAAUACUUGUCACUGAAACACAGGUGAUUCGUGAAACCAUUUGGCUUCUUUCUGGCGUAAAAAACCUCUUUAUAUUUCAGCUAAAUGAAGGAAAGAUUACUGUGAGAAAUGAUAUCAUGGUAACCCAUUUGACCCAUAAUUCCUUAAGAUCCGUGCUGGAGCGGAUAGCAGCAUAUGGUCAGGUUGUUUUUAGACUGCAGAAGUUCAUUGAUGAAGUGAUGGGUCACAGCUCAGAAAGCAUACUGCCUGGAACCAUUUCCACUCCUAAGAAAUGUGCAGAAGCCCCAUUUAGAACCUAUCAAGCUUUCAUGCUGGCUCUCUAUAAGUAUUUCAUUAGUUUCAAAGGAGAAUUGACUGAAAUUGAGAAGUGCAUUAUCCACAAAGACACAACAAUCACUCUUUCCAUAGUCAUAGAUAAACUGUCACAUCGACUAGCGCAGCUGAUGGUACUUUAUAAAAUUUUUAGCACUGGUGUUGCAGAAGUACCACCUGACACUCGCAACGUUGUACGAGCAUCUCAUUUGCUGAAUACCCUGUACAAAGCUAUCCUUGACUAUGACAACGUUGGAGAAGCCUCUGAACAAACAGUAUCCCUUUUAUUUUCACUCUGGGUUGAAACAGUAAGACCAUAUUUACAGACAGUGGAUGAGUGGAUUGUCCAUGGUAACUUGUUUGAUCCUGCUAAAGAAUUUAUAAUUCAAAGAAAUAAAAAUGUUCUAGUUAACCACAGGGACUUCUGGUAUGCUACUUACACCUUGUAUAGUGUAUCUGAAAAGACUGAGAAUGAAGAGAAGAUGAGCGAUAAUGCUAGUGCCAGUUCUGGCAGUGAUCAGGCACCUUCUAGCAGGCAACACACCAUGGUCUCGUUUCUAAAACCAGUAUUGAAGCAGAUCAUAAUGGCUGGAAAGUCCAUGCAGUUGUUAAAGAACUUGCAAUGCACGGAUGGCUCUUCACAGCAGGCAUCAUCAAGAGAUGCAGAAAGGAAGAGCUUGUACACAUUAUUUCUGGAAUCUGUCCAGUCAAGGCUGCGGCAUGGGGAAGAACCUGUUCAGGAAAUUAUUACAGAACAGCAGGCAACCAAACAGAGUCUAAUAAAGAUGCAGUCUAUUGCAGAGAGGCAUUUGGAAUUGGAUGAUGUUCACGAUCCCUUGCUGGCUAUCAAUUUUGCAAGAUUGUAUUUGGAGCAAAGUGACUUUCAUGAGAAGUUUGCUGGUGAUGAUGUUUGUAUGGAUAGAUCCUCUGAAUCGGUUACCUGCCAAACAUUUGAACUGACAUUGAGGUCUUGCCUUUAUCCUCACAUAGACAAGCAAUAUUUGGAAUGCUGUGGAAAUUUAAUGCAGACUUUGAAGAAAGAUUACAGGCUGGUAGAAUACUUGCAGGCAAUGAGAAACUUUUUCUUACUUGAGGCCGGUGAUACCAUGUAUGACUUCUACACAUCUAUUUUUGAUAAAAUACGAGAGAAGGAUACAUGGCAGAGUGAGACAUUCCUAAAUGUUCAGCUCCAAGAAGCUGUUGGGCAGCGUUACCCAGAAGACAGUUUAAGGCUGUCUAUAUUAUGUGAAAAUAUUGAUAUCGCCAAAAAGGAACUUCCUGUUCAUACCUUGGAUGGUUUAAUACUGAGUUAUAAGGUCCCUUGGCCUGUGGACAUCGUUAUAAGUGUAGAGUGUCAAAAAAUCUAUAAUCAAGUGUUUCUCUUGUUGUUACAAAUCAAGUGGGCCAAAUACAGUUUGGAUGUGUUAAGAUUUCAUGAGUUAGUCAGUGCAGCGGAAAAACCUCAGGGCAAAGGAGAAGUGACUGUAUUUGAACAGGACCCACUUCCUCAAUUUGGAUCCCAGGCAGAGCCCGUAAAAGAACAAACUCAUCGCAUGUUCCUUCUAAGGAUGAAACUCAUGCAUUUUGUUAACAGCCUGCACAACUAUAUAAUGACUAGGAUUCUUCAUAGUACAGGUUUGGAGUUUCAACAUCAGGUAGAAGAAGCAAAAGAUCUAGAUCAGCUGAUUAAAAUUCAUUAUAGAUACUUGUCUACAAUUCAUGAUCGCUGCCUGCUGAGAGAAAAGGUUAGCUUUGUGAAAAAAGCUAUAAUGAAAGUACUAAACUUAGUACUGAUGUUUGCGGAUCGUUGGCAAGCUGGCUUGGGAGCUUGGAAGAUGGAAUCCAUAACGAAGAUGGAAUCAGAUUUUAAAAACUGCCAUAUGUUCCUUGUGACCGUGCUGAACAAAGCAGUCUGUAGAGGCUCUUUCCCACAUUUGGAGUCUUUAGCCUUAUCGCUCAUGGCUGGAAUGGAACAAAAUUAGCAAAACACAGAUUGGAACUUCUUCCUAAUGCUGUGGUCUGGUCAUUCAGUGGGGAUCACUUGAAAUGCCUUUUGAUCUGGCUAAUCACAGGACUGCUGUCUGUACAUUAGAAUUUACAUACUUGUACAUAAAUGAACAGAUGAUGUGUUUCUGUUUGAAAUGGUAAAAUGUUUUUCGGGUAAAUAAAAUACAGUAAUAGUGCAAUUAUUUUAUCAUUCGUUGCUGAAUUACUAAACAUUAAUUAUGUCAUUUUCUGCUGUCAUCUAUGACCAACCAAACAAUUAGUAAAAUCAUGAACUAUUUUUAAAGGUUUCCCAGAAGAUGAUGGUGUGCACAGGCUACAGGCUAUCCCUCAAUGCAGUUACUAGAAUGCUAUUACAAUAAUCCAGUAACACUGGAUUGUGCUCAUUUCCUUUUCUGCAAGAUGUAAUUGUAUUUCACCUGUUCUAGAUGUAAUUUUAUUUCAGUUCUGAAAUUCCCACAGCUCCAGCAGCUAUAACAAAAAGUACUGUACUACUGAACAGUAUUUUCCAAAAAAGGAAUUGGUAUUGGCACAGGAGCCAUACUCAUUUAUGCCACGGUUAUCAUCUUGUAUAACAUAACAAACUAACAACUGCAAAAUGUCAAUAUCUAAAUAUUUGAAAAGAAUAAGUGUGUAAUGUAAUGGAUUGUGCCUGUAUUAUUCAUUUGUGUCAUUUGUUUACUUCACAAUCAGCCUUUCCCACAGGCUUAAGAUUUUAAAACUAAAAGCCAACAAUAACAGCAACAAAAACCAUUUAGAAAUGUUCAGCAAACAAGGCUAAUCCAACUUUUCCUAUACUCCAAAUGUAAUUGUACUUCAGUUGGUUAUUUUGGGUUCUGGCAUGAGUCACUUUCACAGCAGCCUGUGCAAGUUACUCCACUGAAAUCAAUUGACUGCAGUAACUGGAUGGGACUGCUGUGAUUACGCCUGACAAAUGGUGUGGGAAACAACUUCAGCAAAUACAUGGUCUGAAAACUU